AUGUUAAAACUUUAUACAUAUUUUCUUUCUUUCUUUCUUUCUUUCUUUCUAUGUAAAACUUUAUACAUAUUGUUUUUCUUUAUUUUAAAACCUUAUACAUAUUUUCUUUCUUUCUUUCUUUAUUUCAUGUUAAAACUUUAUACAUAUUUUCUUUCUUUCUUUCUUUCUUUCUAUGUAAAACUUUACACAUAUUUUCUUUCUUUCUUUUUUUUAUAUAUAAUUUCUUUCUUUGUAAAUUAUACAUAUCGUCUUUCUUUCUUUCUUUUUAAAACGUUAUCUAUGUUUUGUUUCUGUCUUUCAUUAUUUCUUUCUUCGUAUUUAAAACAUUAUAUAUAUUUUCUUACUUUCCUUCUUUCUUUCUAUGUAAAACAUUGUACGUAUUUUCUUUCUUUCUUUGUAAAACUUUAUAUAUAUUUUCUAUCUUCCAUUCUUUCUUUAUUUCUUUCAUUCUUUCUUUCUUUUAUUCUUUCUUUCUUUUAUUCUUUCUUUCUUUUAUUCUUUCUUUCUUUCUUAUUCCCGCGUUAUGCUGCCUAUUUUUUUUCUCUCCCAACAAUAUCUUGUCUCCUCCAGUAUCGUCCUCAACGCUUCUCAACACGACGUGACAGUUAA